AUGAAUCUUGUCGAACCAUACACUAACAAAGGCUACCGCUUGUAUGUUGACAACUGGUACACCAAUGUUCCAUUGUUUUUGAAACUGGAGAAGAAAGGCAUUCUUGCUUGUGGGACAGUAAGAGGUAAUAGGAAAUAUUUGCCUCAAGACAUUGUCAAUGCAAAGAUCGAGCACAUAAAGAGAAUGGCAAGGGGGGACUCUCUUUUUAGACAAUGCGGCAAUCUUAUCUGUGUGACAUGGAAAGACAAGAAGCUGGUACAUCUAUUGUCAACCCUUCCAGAAGGUCCAGACCUUAGUCAAGUCCAAAGGAAAGUUAGAUUGCAAGGGAAGUGGGAAAAAAAGGACUUUCCACAGCCGAAGCUAAUCAAAAUGUACAACAACCACAUGGGUGGUGUUGACUUAGGAGACCAGAAAAUUGCAACCUGUUCCAGGCUGAUGAAGGGGAAUAUCUGGUACUAUAAAAUCUUCUUUCACAUGUUGGAAGUUGCUGUUUUGAAUGCCCACAUCCUUUUCAAGAUAUCCACCCAACAGCAAAACACCCUGAGUCAAUUUAAAGAGAAGCUAAUCCUAGAGCUUAUUGGUGGAAAUACCUUUCGACGACAAGUUGCCACACCAUCCAGGAAUAGAUUGCUAGCAGACAUGCGCUUCAAUCAUUCGUUGUUUCAUCAUCCUGUUGAAACUGAUGUCCGCAGAGAAUAUAAAGUACAUACUCACCGUGUGCUUACAAAGUUUGAGUGUGGAAUCUGUCAUGUCUAUAUGUGUGCAGCACCAUGUUUCCAAAGGUAUCACACUUUACAAGAAUACCUUUUUGAUGAUCCCUCAAGAGAAGGUGCCAAGAGAAUAAAAGAUGUGAAUGGCAGACCAAGAGCUGGACCAGGAAGGCCACCACAAAGAAGAUCCAGAUAA